GCAACCUGACGCAGCUAUGUGAUUUCAUCAACAAGAGUACUGACAUGUUGACAAAGAAUGCCUCCCAUUUGGAUAAUGUGUUUGGUACUUUGGACAUGCAGCAAACCUCGUUGGGAGUUUUGGGAGUUUUGUGUGUUAAGUACAAUCUUCCAUUGUCCAACACGUCUGAUAUUGACACAUUGUUGGUUCAAACAACAGAGUUCCUUUCCAAAUGCAAUGGUGAACAAGUGCGUUAUGCCACUGACAGUUAUGCUGAACUCUGUCACAAGUAUGCACAGACUUUGAUUGACAGGAAAAUGUAUUCCAGUGGGAUUGCCCCUCUUUCUCAAGCCAUUCAAAAAAUCCAAAUUCAUCCUGCCCAACUGACAUCAAUUCACGCUAAUCUUUGCCAGCUUUGUUUGCUGUCCAAGAACCUGAAACCUGCAUUGAGGUUCCUUGAUAUUGACAUAACAGAAAUCAGCAGAGAGGGGGGACGGUUUGAUGCCAAAGACUACCUGUUACAUUACUAUUAUGGGGGUAUGAUCUACACAGCAUUGAAGAACUACGACAGAGCACUCUACUAUUUUGAAGUGGUGGUGACUACGCCCAGUGUAGCUGUGAGCCACAUCAUGAUGGAAGCCUACAAGAAAUUUAUUUUGGUGUCUCUUAUUUUACAUGGAAAGAUCAUCAAUCUUCCACAAUAUACAUCCCAAGUUCUCAAGCGGUACAUCCGACCCCUGUGCCAGCCAUAUUUGGAUCUAGCCUCUGUGUAUGCCCAGAACAAUCUUGCUGAUCUACGCACAACGCUGACCAAACACACAGAAGUUUUCAACAGGGACAACAACAUGGGCUUGGUGAAACAGUGUCAGACAUCCAUGAUCAAGAAGAACAUACAGAGACUGACAAAGACUUUCCUGACCCUGUCCCUGACGGACAUGGCCAACAGGGUGCAACUGUCUGGCCCCAAGGAAGCUGAGAACUAUGUCUUACACAUGAUUGAGGAUGGAGAGAUCUUUGCCACCAUUAAUCAAAAAGAUGGAAUGGUUAGAUUUCAUGACAACCCAGAGAAAUACAGCAGUCCAAAUAUGCUCUUGGAGUUGGAUAAAGAGAUGCAGCGCUGCAUCCAACUCGACUCUAAACUGCGUGAAAUGGACAGGGAGAUCACAGUCAACCCACAGUAUGUGCAAAAGAGUACUGGAUCACAUGAAGAUGAUAUGCCAGGGACAUCCACUGGUCCGGGAAAAAUUCAGGCCUACUGAUGCAUUCUCUCCAGAGCCAACAAUGAAUGUAGAACAGUCCUGACAAGAUAGUUUUCUUUUGAUGGUUUACUUUUCUGGUGGGAUCCGCUAGCUGUGAGAGCUGCCCACAGAAUUGAGGAUGUUUGUGAUAGUAAUUUGUUUUGCAAUUUAUUCUGGAUAGAGCGUCUCACCGCAAUGAUAUGACUGUCUUUAAAGUUUUUGGUGUCAAGUUUAAGAGGAGGAUUUUGAAAUUGUUUGCCUCUUGAUUAAAAAAAAGGUAUCUUCUUUUGUGUUAAUAUUUUUAGGAGAGGGGCUAUAUAAUAUUGAUUGUGUCAAAGUUAUUGAAAGAGUUAUAGUGUUUUUGAGUGAUAAAAGUUUUGAUGUGUUUUGGUGGAAAUAUAGGUUUCAGUUUUCAUAAGAGAGGAGGAAAGUGGUAGAUAAAUGGUUGUGAGGCAACCAACUCAUGAACAAUUUAUACCUUUUGUAUGUGUUCUGUCAUUCAGAAAAUGCAGUAUGGCCAUGAAUGAUUUGAAUGAUUCGCCUUUUUACCUAACUUCUGCGAGUGAAUGGAAGGAGUGCAUGUUUGAUGGAAAUCUGUGUGACUUUUUUGAAGAUUUUGGAAAGAAUAGUAUUUCUUUAACCACUUUCCAACAAGGUUCAACUGCUUUGAGUUUUUGUUGUUAUUGUUAUAUAUGUGCGUAUGAAGUAGAGAUGAGCUUUGAAGAGAUUUUGUGUUCAGUUCACAUCUUGUUGAUAUAUAUUAUCCUUGUGACUGAUGUAAAUAUGUGAGCACCCGCUGUGCGUCAAAUACAGUAAAAAGAAUUUGAUUAAAAAAAGAAAAUGUAAAAAA